AUGGCCAAGAAAGUCUGCCUCGCCUACUCAGGCGGUCUCGACACCAGCUGUAUCCUCAAGUACCUUCUCGAGGAGGGCUAUGAGGUUAUCGCCUUCAUGGCAGAUGUCGGACAGGAGGAGGACUUCGAGGCUGCCAAGGAAAAGGCAUUGAAGAUCGGAGCCACCAGAGUCUACAUUGAGGACUUGCGCCGCGAGUUCAUCGAGGAGCUCUGCUACCCUGCCAUUGCCUGCAAUGCCAUUUACGAGAACGUCUACCUUCUUGGCACCUCUCUCGCCCGCCCUGUCAUCGCCCGCGCCCAGAUUGCCGUUGCGCAAAAGGAGGGAUGCUUCGCCGUUUCCCAUGGUUGCACCGGCAAGGGCAACGACCAGGUCCGAUUCGAACUUGCAUUCUACGCGCUCCAGCCCACCAUCACCGUCAUCGCACCAUGGCGCGACCCGGUCUUCUACAACAAAUUCAAGGGCCGAGGUGAUCUCCUCGACUACGCCGCCGAGAAGGGCAUUCCCGUCACCAGCACAAAGAGCAAGCCAUGGAGCAUGGACGAGAACCUGGCACACUGCAGCUACGAAGCCGGCAUCCUCGAGGACCCCAACACCACUCCUCCGGACGACAUGUGGAAGUUGACCGUCGACCCGCUCAAGGGCCCGGACACCCCCGAUGACUUCACCAUCACCUUCGAGAAAGGUCUCCCCGUCAAGCUCGAGUACGACAACGGCAAGACCGUCACCGACGCCCUCGACCUCUUCCUCACCGCCAACACCAUCGCCCGCAAGCACGGCGUCGGUCGCAUCGACAUCGUCGAGAACCGCUUCAUCGGCCUCAAAUCCCGCGGCUGCUACGAAACCCCGGGUCUCACCCUCCUCCGCUCCGCCCACAUCGACCUCGAAGGCCUGGUCCUGGACCGUGAGAUCCGCGGCCUCCGCGACCAAUUCGUGACCUUCAACUACGCGAAGCUCCUCUACAACGGCUUGUACUUCUCGCCGGAGCGGGAGUUCCUCGAGGGCAGCAUCGCGGCCUCGCAGGUCAACGUCAACGGUAGCGUGCGCUGCCGCGCCUUCAAGGGCAUGUUCUCCGUCCUCGGCCGCUGGUCGGAUACCGAGAAGCUCUACGACGAGAGCGAGAGCUCGAUGGAUGAGAUUGGAGAUUUCGCGCCUAGCGACAGCACGGGUUUCAUCGCGGUCAAUGCUAUCCGUCUGAAGAAGUACGGUAAGGCCAAGGAGGCGGCGGGACAGAGCUUGGUUAAGAAGCUGUAG